AUGGAAAUUGAGGUGUCGGACGGCGGUGGUGAAGUGGAGGCGGCGCCGCCACGGCAUUGUGGGGAGGCGUAUUUGGUUUGGCAGGAUUUGAAUGUUGUGCUGCCAAAAUUUGGGCAGCAACCAAUCAAAAAUUUGCUUAAUGGGCUGAACGGAUAUGCUGGACCGGGCCGGAUCAUGGCUAUUAUGGGCCCUUCGGGCUCUGGCAAAUCAACUCUUCUUGAUUCCUUAGCAGUUUUGUUCUUUGUGUUCUGGCAUGCUUUCUCUGCUGUAAUAAUCCAUGUUAUACAUUUUACUGUUACUGUUCAGGACAGACAAAUAGCAUCAGAUCCUUUGAUGAAUUUGACAGCGUCCGACAUAAGAUCAACUCUAGUUGAGAAAUACAAGCAAUCAGAAUAUGCAAAAAUGGCAAGAAUCAAGCUUCAAGAAUUCUCCAAAACCCAAGAACUUGAACUUGAAACACUUAGAGGAAGCCAAGCAACAUUUUGGAAGCAGUUACCAACAUUGACACAAAGGUCGUUCGUGAACAUGUUUAGGGACUCUGGAUAUUACUGGUCUCGCUUAGUCACCUUUAUAAUUGUUUCUCUAUGUGUCGGGACUUUAUUCUAUGAUGUGGGCACAAGUUAUACAGCCAUUUUUGCAAGGAGAGGCUGUGCUGGUUUCAUGGUCUGCUUCAUAUCUUUCAUGUCCGCUGGAGGUUUCCAAUCCUUUGUCGAGGAAAUGAAGGUGUUUUUUCAAGAAAGGAUUAACGGGUAUUAUGGCGUAGGCGUGUUCAUACUGUCAAACUUCAUCUCAUCUUUCCCGUUCUUGGUUGCAAUGUCGGCAGUUAGUGGGGCAAUCACGUAUUACAUGGUAUUCGAGGCCGAAUUUUCCCGUUUCGUGUUUUACUCUCUCAAUCUGUUUGGAUGCAUAGCUAUGGUGGAGAGUGUGAUGAUGACUGUGGCUGCUUUGGUUCCUCAUUUCUUGAUGGGCAUCCUAACUGGAUCUGGAGUUCUUCCUAUUUGGAGAUAUCCUGUUUCAUUCAUCGGAUAUGGUUCGUGGGCACUACAGGGGGAAUACAAGAAUGCACUGCUGGGGCUGAUGUUCGACCCCAUAAUGCCCGGUGACCCUAAAAUAACGGGUGAAUAUGUAGUGAAGGAUAUGUUUGGAGUCUCGUUAUCUCAUUCAAAGUGGUGGGAUUUAGUUGUCCUGCAUCUCCUCUUUGUGAUUUACAGAGUAAUAUUCUUCCUUCUCCUCAAGUUGAAGGAGACUCGAUUCGCAUCCAUCUUUCGUUCGGUUUUUGACAAGAGAAUCUUACAUUAUCUCAAAAGACAUCCUUAGCCACACAAAGGAUGCCGUCUUGAGGGUCUUAGCUCCCUUGUCAUAUAAGAAGCAAAAGUAUUACAAUUAUUGGGAUCUUAACAGACUAAAUAUUUUGAACAGGUCAUUUAUUUGAAAUAAAAAUAAUGGUGUUAAUCAUCUUGUACUUGUUGUCUCAUUCUUGCAUCA